AUGGUGAAUUCGCCGUUGGGAUGGAGUUAUGAGUCUGAGCCGUUGACAUUUUAUGCCAAGUGUACACAGUAUGGGUCAGGGUGUGACUGGCUUAUCAGAGUUAGCUUGAUCAGCAGGAAGUACUGUUGGGUUAUAAGGAGGUAUAAUGGUAGCCACACCUGUACCACCGCCACCAUUUCACAGGAUCAUUCGAAGCUGGACUCUAUCACAAUUGCAGAAGCAAUAAAGCCACUAGUUGAAGUUGACCCCUCCUUAAAGGUAAAAUCGGUUAUAGCAGAAGUGCAAUCGAAAUUCAACUACACCGUCAGUUACCGGAAAACAUGGUUGGUUAAGCAGAGGGCAGUAGAAAAAAUAUUUGGAGGUUGGAAAGCAUCGUAUGAAGCCUUGCCUAUAUGGUUUGAGGCCAUGUGUCACAAGGAGCCAUCAGCUGUUGUCCAUUUUGAGACUAUGCCUGCAUAUCAAGGCGAUGACUUGGUGGGUGAUAUUCGGGUAUUGCAUCGUGUAUUUUGGAGUUAUUACCCUUGUAUUAGGGCAUUCAGACAUUGUAAGCCAGUUGUCCAGGUGGAUGGGACUCACUUGUACGGAAAGUAUAAGGGUUGUCUGCUUGUGGCAGUUUCACAGGAUGGCAACAACAAUAUAGUCCCGAUUGCCUUUGCUAUUGUUGAGGGAGAGACUUCUGAUGCAUGCUGUGGAACGUAG